GCGGUUUCUCUUUCAUACUUGAACUUAAAAAUUCUCACAAAAUGGGCCAAGAAACUUUGAAAAGGGAGGAAGCCCAGAGAAAGCCUAAUCAAGUAAAGCAAAGCCUGAAUGGAAUGAAUUCAACAGUGGCCCAGUCUUAUCCACAACAAUUUCUAAGGUAAAUAAACAUUUGCUUCAAGAUAUUUUUAUUCCUUGCAAAACUGCAUCACAGUGACACCGACCGCUUUAUCUUCACCCAAAAGUUGGGUCAAACACAACUUCUCUUCCUUCCCAAACCCACCAAUGAUCAAAACUCAAUCUUAUACCCUUCACCCUUCAUUCAAAUCUCUCUCUUUUUCACCUCCAUGGCAGCUCUCUGUGUAAGCCAUCCUAAUUUUCGCUACAAAAACUGUUGUUCUUCACUUCAGCGACGGGAAACUAGGAGCAGGCACCGUCCCAGAAUCCUGGUGGUUUCAUCUUCUCAUAACAAUGAUGAAUCACUGGAGAGAUCGACAUCAAGUUCAAAGACAAAGAAAGAGGACAAGGAGAAGAGACAGUUGUUGUUUGGUCGGGUUUUGGGGAGUGUGCAGAAGCUUGGGAUAGGAUUGAAGGAAAAGAUGAGUCCACAACGGAAAGGUGAUUGGAAGGAUGUGAUGUUGAUGAGUUUAUCGUUUGCUGUUUAUGUUUACAUGUCUCAAAAGCUUGUUUGUGCAUACUGUGCUUGGAUGUCCAUGCUCAAACAAUCAUGGUAGGUUGGUUGAUAUUAAGAAACUGGCUAAUCAGCUUUCUGGGGUUUUCCUGUUUUCUUUUCUUUUUUCAACUUUGAUUAUUGUAAUUGUUGUUUGUUAUUUUGGGUUCAUUAUGAAGUUCAUUUUUAUUCCAUUUUUGGUUUUAAAGGAAAUUAAA